UGCGUGUGUGUGUGUGAGAGAGACAGUUUACUCUCUUAACUACUAGGAGACAGACACACUUUCCUGGCCCGGUUCAAAGAAGAGGGAAAACAGGAGGAAGUUUUUUUUUUUCAUUUUCAUUUACAAUUUUCUCCUCCAAUAAUCAAGCUUUCUCAACAGCUUGUCUUCCAGGAACUCUGCAUCAUUCCCCAUUGGAAAUUCUAGGAAUUGAUCCAUUUGUACUUUUAUCAAUACUAGGCAUACCUCAUGGAUUUGUACCUGAUUGGAUUUAUGAUGUGUGUGUGGUUAUCCAGCUCACGGGUACUUGGAGGGUAUCCCAUCUGGUGGUCCCUGGCCCUGGGGCAACAGUACUCGUCACUGGGCUCCCAACCCCUUCUGUGCGGCUCCAUUCCUGGCUUGGUUCCCAAGCAGCUGCGCUUCUGUCGUAACUACAUCGAGAUCAUGCCCAGCGUGGCCGAGGGCGUCAAGCUGGGCAUUCAGGAGUGCCAGCACCAGUUCAGGGGCCGCCGCUGGAACUGCACCACCAUCAAAGACAACCUGGCCAUCUUCGGCCCCGUGCUGGACAAAGCCACGAGAGAGUCUGCCUUCGUCCACGCCAUAGCCUCGGCCGGCGUGGCAUUCGCAGUGACGCGCUCCUGUGCCGAGGGGACGUCCACCAUGUGUGGGUGCGACUCCCACCACAAGGGUCCGCCGGGGGAGGGCUGGAAGUGGGGCGGCUGCAGCGAGGACGCCGAGUUCGGGGUCCUGGUGUCCAGAGAGUUCGCCGACGCCAGAGAGAACCGCCCGGACGCCCGCUCGGCGAUGAACCGCCACAACAACGAGGCCGGCCGCACGACCAUCCUGGACCACAUGCACCUGCGCUGCAAGUGCCACGGCCUGUCCGGCAGCUGCGAGGUGAAGACCUGCUGGUGGGCUCAACCCGACUUCCGCAUGCUGGGGGACUACCUGAAGGACAAGUACGACAGCGCCUCGGAGAUGGUGGUGGAGAAGCACCGCGAGUCGCGGGGCUGGGUGGAGACGCUGCGGGCCAAGUACGCCUUCUUCAAACACCCCACGGAGCGCGACCUGGUCUACUACGAGGGCUCGCCCAACUUCUGCGAGCCCAACCCUGAGACGGGCUCGUUCGGUACGCGCGACCGCGUCUGUAACGUGUCCUCGCAUGGCAUCGAGGGCUGCGACCUGCUGUGCUGCGGGCGGGGCCACAACACCCGGACAGAGAAGCGCAAGGAGAAAUGCCACUGCAUCUUCCACUGGUGCUGCUACGUCAGCUGCCAGGAGUGUGUGCGCGUCUACGACGUGCACACGUGUAAGUGAGGUUCCCACACACGGACGAGACGGAUGGACAACAAGCUCUGCCACCCAUCGCAGACACACGUCAUCACACACCUACACAGGCACACAGCCAACAGCGACCAGCAUCUAAUGGGUUAUGGCACUUCCUGUACUGAAACUCUGGAACUCUUUGCUUCUCCAUCCUUGUAAUAAGAAAUGACUCCCAUGUCUGAUUCCCAGGUCCUGCAUCCAACUACAUGUGUUAACAGUGCCCGGACUCUGAAGGAACAGGGUCUGUUUUCUUUGGAAUAAGCGCUGUUGUCCUUUCCCCAGGUUCACCCCAUCGCCACCCAGCGUUGGUCCCUGCUCCUUUUCCCUUCAUUAUUUAUUCUCCCCUCCCCCCCACUUGACCGUAAGGACUGUGGUACCUAACACUUCUUAUCUGUGAAAUGAAUGCAGUAGAUGACUUUUACAGACCAUUUCAUUUGAAUGGACGUCUUUUAACUAACACUUCAACUCUCCAGCCACCUGGCUGGUCCACUGUCGAGAACUUAAACCACCGUUUCCCCAUCACCUACCCAACGUCACAAAC